CUUUACAACAGUAUUGGUGACAUCCAAACGAAUAAAGAUAGCAAUCAAAACAGAAAGUGUUCGUUAUCACCAUGAGCAGGAAUCAUGAUGGAGGGCCUCCUGUGCGGACCAAUAACUUUUUCGAUAUUGGUGUUGUAGGAAGACGAACAGGAAUUACUAUGAAGGCCAAUGUUAAAAAGGAUGCAGAUGGACUUGAUAAUAUUGAUGACUUUUGGAGCGAUGACAAGGAUGACAACGUCCAUAAUGGCUCACAAUACCAAGGCAUUAAUAUGAUGAAUAAAAAUGGUAAUGGUGGUAGCAGUCAUGAUAACGAAGAUUUCAGUACAUGGCUAGGAUUGCCUUCACCAUCAACACAACGCCAGCGACGGCAGCAGGAACAACAUCAACAGCAUUAUUUGGAGCAGGAUCUCCCAGAAGAGCUUUUAUCAACACCUACGUCGCGUCGGUCUCAGCUUGUACCUAUAUCUGAAGGCUCGGGCUCUAGGAGGGGCUUAUCACUUCCGGGGGGAGCGAUGUAUCACAAUGCUCCUGACGAAUAUCAAUCCCCUUCAUUCCAUGCAGUCAAAAAGCGCCUUAUCUUUACACAGGAAUCUUCCGAUAUCGAUCCAGGCGAGGAAGACGACAAUCUUGCGGGAUCAACAUUUGAACAACACGCACUCACACCAUUUUUACAACGAAAAUCUCAUUCAAAUUCUCCGGCGCUGGAUCGCCUAGUGAGCGCUUCGAUGGAAAAAAAUGCUUUGUUUAAAAUAAAUUCUACCGCAAGCUCACCCUCGCAGACUCUGCCUUCAGCAAAGUCAGCUGCUACUUCAGUCUCAGCUCACAGAUCCAAUUCUAGGCUUCAAAUGAGGAGCAUUGUAGAGGCGCGACGUACAGGGCGGUCUAAAGCCUUUGAUUUCGGAUCAGAAUUGACCAACGAUGGCGAUGAAGGAAUUGAUGAGUUGAACGAUGAUGUAAACUGGCCGGGAGGCUAUGACGAUGGCGAAGGUAUUGACGUUGGUAUCGAUGAUAUUGACACACCACUCGUUGAAACAACGCCUCCACGUCCAGUCCAACAGAAGGUAAACCCACUCUCAUUAGGGGCGCCAGUAGGGUAUAAGUUAAAGGCAAAUAUGGCAACUUCAAAGCCGAAUGCACAGAGGUUUGUCCAGAGCAAGGAAGAGGAUGAUCGGAUCCAUCAUGGCCGAGCAGAUCGAGAUGAAGACGACGAUCGACUAAGAUUUUCGGAUGAAGAUGUGUACGAUGAGGAAAAUGAAGAGGGAAAUGGAUACCAUGAGAUUUUGAUCAAUAAACAUAGGGAGAUAAGAGAUCCUAUGCCGCGGAGGCAGAUUGUCAAUACAAGCAAUUCCAAAAUGACUGACCAAAGUAGUAAGGCCGCUGCUGCUAGUGCGUCAGCGAAAAAAAGCAAGUUGGCCUCUAAAAAGGCGAAGACCACAAGCGGAGGAAGCGAUCUGGCGGAAGCUAGUGCGGAUGAAAAUAAAGAAAAUGGGCGCGUUCGCUCCUCAUCAACACAAAGGGCGAAAUCAAAGAGCAACUCUAGAAGCAAUAAUAUUGAGUCAUCAACGGAAACAUAUAGCAGGCGCUCAAAGAUUACCAAGGAUGGCUCCAGUUCUGCUAGUCAGAACAAGACACAAAGCGGACCGCCUCAUAUGACUCCUGUAGAAUUAGUGGAAGUGCCUGUAGUACCAGAUGUUACGACAGAAGAACAAGGAGUACGGAGGAGUCAUCGAGUAAAGAUUGCUCCGCUAAAAUUCUGGCAGAAUGAGAGAGUUGUUGUGUGUAGAGAUAAGGAUAUGCCUACACCAAUAAUUAAGUCUGUUAUUCGAGCCGAAAACCCAGUGUCAGCAAUACCAGGUUUAAAAUCACAAAAACGGAAACGCCAAGGUACGGCGGCUGUCGAUUCAAGCAAAGGACAUCCUGCCCCUGACAAAUUGGCUUACCGGCAGUCUCAAAAGCAGGCUCGUGAGAUUGACGAUAAUGAGGAUGAAAUUGAAGGAAGUGCGAGUGAACUGGAAGAAUAUGAUGGCGAACAUGCCUUACAAGGAUCGAGAGGGCUCUUAGGGCUAAAAGAUGAAGUCUCCAGUAUGCAGGCAGAGGUCCUUGUAUUUGGGACUGAUGAAAAGACUUCACGAGUCAUAGCAGAAUCUAAGAACGCAUUGCGCUUCAGAUCUGUAGAGAGUGGACAAUAUCUAUUUCACCGAGGUCUUGAAGAUACCGAUUCUCUGGCUUCUGGAACAAUCAAGAUCAAACGCAAUGGAAUAAAGCCUGUGAGCAGUGCAACAAAAAACGCAACUACAAUCUUUUACGUGAUCAAGGGAAUCGUACAAGUGACAGUGCAUGAGACUGAAUUUGUGGUCUCCACUGGGGGACAUUUUAUUGUUCCGCGUGGGAACCAGUACGGAAUCAGGAAUAGGUCCAAGAAGGAGAGCCUGCUGUUCUUUGUGCAAUCCAAGGCUCCACCAUCACUAAAUACGAUCGACUCUCUCUACAAGAAACCACUCUCUAUAAGAAAUGAAGUUGUCGAGCCCGAGCUCGGGACUUAAUGAUAUAAGAAAAGACUUUCUGUAAGUUAUAAGAAACUAUAUAGGAAUUUCUCAUAGAGAAAGACACCAGCCAAUCAUAGACUAUUUGCAAAUCCUAGGUAUGGAAAACUGUCUCUGUAUGUCAUGAUCCUAGAGUUGCCAGAAGGGUAUUACUUGUUCUGUCGCAUUCAUAGCCUGCGAUAUAUUGAAUUCAGAGCACAAAAUGGUAUUCUCUUCCCCUUCCGUCUCUUCUAAUCAUUCGCGUACGGGCUGUAUAAGCUCAAAUACGAUGUCAAGACCAGCUUGUGUUUAAUGGC